UCCUUGCUAUGAUUUUAUGCGGAAGAAGUAGUCUAUGCGUAGUAACUACCUAGGUUUGUUGCUUAUUGGGGGAUCUCUAGACUUUUGCUUCUUAUAGUAGUAUUUUAUUCUUGUUUCAAACCCAAAUUUUCAGUUAGUUUCGGUACAUGUAAGAGAUCUCUCAUUGUCCCUUAUAACGGAAAGUUCUUACAUGUACAAACAACUAUGUAGACUUCUAAGUUCUAACUCAGUGGAAAAAAAGUUGUGGUUUAAAAUAACUUUGUCGCUUAGAUGGAUGAUAUUGUGAUUGUUAGUAGAUCUUCAUUCUAAAAGAUUUUGGAGUGAAACUGUACUUCUUUGGUUCACACAGGGACACAGGCGUCAAUUGUACGAAGUUAGAGUAUGUGUUUGGAAAACACCCAUGGAUUUAGCUUCCUAAUUUCUUGUCUAUUAAAUUGCGUAGAGUAUAUGAUACUUAUAUUAGAAUCCCCUUCAAGCUCUAAACAGUGAGGUAGUGAAUUGCUGUUUUGAUGUGCAAAGGUUUCUCUGUAGGAAAUUUCAUAUACCUUCGCAUCAGGCCGGUAGCCCAAGGUUUCAUGAUCUAGUACAGGACAAAAAAAAAAAAGAAGCAAUACCUGUGUGAGAAAAGAUCUCAUGUGGCUGAAAAUUUAUUUCGAAGAGAUAAGUUUUAAGCGACAACUAAGAAUGUUCAAUGCUAAUUAAACUGCAAGCCUUUUGUGCCAUUGUGCUUCCUUGCCAAGAAAAAGGUUGAUGAGUGCUGGUUUUUCCAAAACGAUGGAUGGUAAUCAACCAGCGUCCUUAUUUGGGGACAGAUUUUCCACAUCAAUAGUUUUAGAGCUCCAUUUUGUCGUUAUGUACUGUAGAUUCUUUCUAAACGCUCCUUAUAACCACUCUUAAAGAUGAGCUAUCUCCUCUUAAGUGUUCUAGUAUCAAUUUAUUGUUCUGAACUGGUCGUGGUGGUAUUUGUGAGGAUAUAGAAAGUCCUUUUCUGAUUCUACUGCUGGAAACAUUUAUAGCUCUCAUCCUGCACGGCAAACCCCCAUAGCAGCCUCACUAAAAGCUCUAUUUUCUUUCUCCUUGUUUAUAUAGAUCCAAGUAUCUAUUAACUUUGAUCGUAAAUGCUAUUUCCUAUUGGAUUAUUGCUGAAUCCUGUCUACAAAUUGGAUACUAUCAUGAUCUAAAAGAAAGAGGGGCUUCCGCUUGUUAAUUUUUCAUUUCUUCAUAUCUUCAUUUCAUUGUUUUUUUUCUUUUUCUCAUUCUUUUGUUUUUUUGCAUCUCGAUAAUUGUCGGAUUUCUAGAUCCUUACCGCCCAAGGACUCAUUUUGCUGAAAAAAUGGAAAGCAUCUUUGAGGCAUGAACUGAAUGACAGGAAUAAAGCUUGCUGAUCUUUCGAAAUUUGUGGGUUUUGGGUUUCCCAAAUCACUGCAUCUAAUUCGAUGAAAAUGCAGGAGAAUGGUGAGAGGACGAGAUGCUUGCUGGGAACACUGUGUCUUGGUUGAUGCCACCAGACAGAAAGUUAGAUGUAAUUAUUGUAAUCGCGAGUUUAGUGGAGGGGUAUAUAGGAUGAAAUUCCAUCUGGCUCAGAUCAAGAACAAAGACAUAGUGCCUUGCCCCGAAGUUCCAGAGGAUGUAAGAGAUUUAAUCUUCAGCAUCUUAAGCACUCCCAAAAAGCAGAAAGCUCUCAAGAAGACAAAAAUCGAUCAGGUGCUUAAUGGCCCCCAGAAUAGCUCCUCAGCCAGCAGUGGUUUUAACAAUGAUAAUAACAAUGCAGGGUCCAGUGGACAACAUGGAAGCACUUGCCCUUCUUUGCUUCUACCCCGCCCUUCACCAAGCGCGCAACCAUCUGUAGAUGACGCCCAAAAGCAGAAGCAUAAUGAUGCCGAUAAAAAAAUCGCUCUUUUCUUCUUUCACAAUUCCAUUUCUUUUGCCGCUUCUAAAUCUAGCCAUUACCAAGCCAUGGUCGAUGCGAUUGCUGAAUGUGGGCCCGGCUAUAAAGCACCAAGUUUCGAAGUGUUGAGAUCGACCCUUUUGGAAAAAGUCAAAGGGGAAGUCAAUGAUAAUUAUCGAAAGCUUAGAGAAGAUUGGAAAGGGACAGGGUGUACCAUUUUGACUGAUAGUUGGUCGGAUGGGAGAUCAAAGUCACUUUUAGUUUUCUCAGUUGCGUCGCCUAGAGGGACACAUUUUUUAAAGCUAGUUGAUGUGUCAUCCCAUGCAGAUGAUGCUUGUUAUCUAUAUGAGCUGCUCGAUUCCAUUAUACUCGAAGUUGGGGCAGAAAAUGUUGUUCAAAUCAUUACAGAUUGCAGAAUGAGUAAUGCUUGUGUCGGAACUCUGCUUUUAAAGAAGUACCCCUCUUUAUUUUGGUCUCCAUGUGCUUCAUAUAUGGUAGAGAAGAUAUUAGAGGAUAUUAGUAAGUUGGAGUGGGCGAACUUAGUCCUUGAAGAGUCUAAUACAAUUGCUAGGUAUAUCUACAGCCACCCGUGGAUAUCAAACAUGAUGAGGAAGUUUGCUGGACGAAGCGAACUUAUUCGGACUAAAAUGGCCAGAUUUUUGACACACUUCCUUACCCUAAGGUCCAUUGUCUUACAAGAAGGUAAUUUGAAGCACAUGUUCUCUCAUGCUGAUUGGUUGUCAUCUACGUACAGCCGAAGACCCGAGGCCCAAGAAAUUAAGUCAUUGUUAUUUUCAGAGAGGUUUUGGAAAUCGGCACAUGAAGCUGUUAGGGUUUCUGAGCCGCUUCUGAAAAUUUUGAGAGUGGUGGAUGGCGAUAUGCCUGCAAUGGGAUACAUAUAUGAGGGCAUAGAAAGGGCGAAAGUGGCAAUUAAGUUACUUUAUAAAGGGUGUGAAGAGAAAUGUAUUCCAAUCUUAGAUAUCAUUGAUGGUAGAUGGAGUUCGCCGUUUCAUCAUCUACAUGCAGCUGCAGCUUUCCUCAACCCUUCGAUCUUCUAUAGUCCGGAUUUUAAGUUCGAUGCGAACAUGAGAAAUAGCUUUCAUGCAGCUAUGUGGAAAAUGUUUCCCGAGGAGAAAGAUAAGAUUGAACUUACGAAGGAACAGCCUCUGUAUUUAAAUGCACAAGGCGCCUUAAGGAGUGAGUUCGCUAUUUUGGGAAGGAGACUGAAUGCACCUGGUGACUGGUGGGCUGCAUAUGGUUAUGAAAUUCCCAUUUUACAGAGGGCAGCGAUGCGUAUUCUUAGUCAACCAUGUAGUUCAUAUUGGUUCAAAUGGAACUGGGAAACCUUCGACAACGUAAUUACGAAGAAACAUAGUAGGAUGGAACUGGAAAAGCUAACCGAUUUACUUUAUGUGCAUUGCAAUCUCCGGUUACAGGCGAUCGGUCAAAAUAGAGCAGGCAAAUGUAAACCAGUUGUAUACGAUGAAAUCGAUGUAAGUUGUGAAUGGCCCUCAGAAUUAGAAUCUUCAUCGCUAAUUUUAGAUGAUUCUUGGUUGGAUAAUUUUCCUAUUGAAUGCAGAGGUAGCCCUUCAUCUUAUGAAUAAUUUAUGAAACAAGCAUAACAGUAAGCAAGAAGAACUUAGAAGCCUUGUAUAUGAGAAUUAAACAUCGCGAUUAUUAUUACUAAUCUAUAGAAAUCAUAAAUUUAUUAGCUGUUCA